AUGACCACAGAUUGCAGUUCUCUUCGGUUUCAGGGACCAGAAGGAAAGGUGGAUAUCAAGAUGAUUGAUCAAAGCCCAAACAUAUACAGCAUCUGCUUUCCCAGAGCAGGCUGGUAUGUGUGGCCAGCCACAGGACUGGGCUUUGAUGUCAGGCAGAAGGCGAUGGUGGAACUCUCGUUUGAGUCUUGGAGUCAGCACCUGGACCUGGACCUGCAGGAGGAUGAGCAGUGGAUGGCCGCAGGCCCCUUGUUCGAGAUCAUGGUAGAGCCCAAGGAGGCCAUCGCCAAAAUCCACCUCCCCCACUUUGUCUCCCUGCAAGAAGGUGGGGUCGAUCCCUCCUGGUUCCAAGUUGCCCAUUUUAAGUAUGAAGGGAUGGUCCUGGAGCAGCCAACCAGGGUGGAGCCUUUCUACGCUGUUCUAGAGAACCCCAGCUUCUCUCUGAUGGGAAUCUUGCUCAGGAUCGCCAGUGGAACCCGCCUCUCCAUUCCCAUCACUUCCACCACACUGAUCUAUUAUCACUCUCAUCCGAAGGGCAGUAAAUUCCAUGUGUACCUUGUCCCCAGUGAUCCUGCGCUGAGGCAGGCAAUAGAUGAAGAAGAAGCCCGGUUCCGUGGUGUGCGUCUGCAGACCUCUCCCCCAGUGGAACCCUUGAACUUUGGUUCCCGUUAUAUUGUGUCUGGAUGUGCACACCUGGAAAUAAUCCCCAAGGAGUUGAAAUUGUCCUACAGGAGCCCUGGAGAGAUCCAGCCUUUCUCUAAAAUCUAUACCGGGCAGAUGAUGGAACCAAUUCAACUGGAAAUUGCUAGCAAAAAACUUGGGACUGUGGUGUGGGAGACUUUGGUGAAACCAGGUGCAGCCUUUGUGAAGGAGAACUACUGACAACUCCAAGCCAGGAUGGGAGACCUGGGUGGAGUGCUGGAUGAUCUUUAGGACAACAUGGUCUUCACUGAGGACGAGAAGGAGCUGGUGGAACAGGCACCCACCCAGCGGAAGAGGAACAACGUGCUGCUGAAACUGGUGGACAAGAAAGGAGAGCAGGCGCUGGACUUGCUCUACAAGAGCCUCAAUGAAAGGGACCCUUACCUUGUGUCUUACCUCAGGCAGCCCAGUUUGUUCCCAUGA